AUGAGGGAAAACAAUGGAAAGGAGAAAAUAACGAGCACAAAGGGAAAGAAACCACUCAAAGGGGCUACAGUUAAACCGUUGAAAUCAAUAGAAGUGACUACACGUAUAGAACAGUUGGAGAUAGAUCUCAAAGAACUGCAACGCAUCGCUCAAGCGCUGUUGGGUCGAACGACAAACGUCUUGCUGCAUGACUAUGCGGAGUCAUUGAUUCGCGAUACUGAAGCGCGACGAGAGGCGGAUCGCAGACACGUUCAAGAUGGCAUCCGUGAAUUCAUCCUGGAUUUGCUCACUCAAGCUGCAAAGUGUGAUUUUGGAGAUUUACUGGACUUGCAAUUGAAAGAUCGGCUGAUCGCUGGCAUCAACAAUACCGUUUUGCAAAAUGAACUUCUGAAGCUAUCCAAUCCGACGUUCACAGCUGUGCGGGCUUAUUGUGAACAAUAUCUGGACAUUCGCGCCGCUACUUCAUCCAUGCCGUCCACCAUUGAAUCUACAGCCAUGUUCAAUUCACUGAAGACU